AUGAAGAACUCCAGCUGUGUGACCACCUUCAUGAUGAUGGGCCUGUCUGACCAUCCUAACCUGCAGGUCCUACUCUUCAUUCUCUUUCUUUGUGUCUAUAUCGUCGCCCUGGUUGGAAACCUAGCCAUCAUUGCUGCUAUCCUGUCAUAUCCCAAGCUUCACACACCCAUGUAUUUCUUCCUGUUUCACUUGGCUGUGGUGGACGUAAUCUGUACCUCCACCAUCAUUCCCAAGAUGCUGGGGAACAUAGCAAUGGUCAGUAAGAGCAUCUCCUAUUCUGGCUGUAUAGCUCAGCUCUAUUCAUUCACAUGGUGCUUGGGUGCAGAAAUGGUACUCUUCACUGUCAUGGCUUAUGAUCGCUAUGUAGCUAUCUGCCACCCCUUGCGUUAUACCCUCAUGAUGAACAAGAAGGUAUGCAUGUGUCUUUCCACAGUGGUGAUCCUUAUAGCCAUUAGUAACUCGUGGGUUCACACUGGCCUGAUUAUGAGGCUUACCUUCUGUGGGCCUAAUGGUAUCAAUCACUUCUUCUGUGAGAUUCCUCCACUUCUGGCUCUCUCCUGCAGCCCAGUAAGAAUCAAUGAAGUCUGGGUCUUCACAGCAGACAUUUUCCUAGCUAUGGGAGACUUCUUGCUAACAUGCUUAUCUUACUGCUUCAUUGUUAGGGCAAUCCUAAAAAUCAAGACUUCUGAAGGAAAGAAAAAGGCCUUCUCCACCUGCUCUUCUCAUCUUAUAGUUGUGUCCUUAUAUUACUCCACUGUCAUCUACACUUACAUACGCCCAGCGUCCAGCUACUCCUUUGAGAGGGACAAGGUUGUUGCUGCCCUAUACACUCUGGUUACACCAACUCUGAACCCUAUAGUGUACACUUUGAGAAAUAAAGAUGUAAAGACAGCCCUCAAAAAAGUCUUCUUUAUAACAUGA